AUGUCAAUUCCACUUCAAUCUGAACUUCAGUACUUUUCUCUUGCUAAUAAUAGUUUUAGUGGAUCAAUUCCAAUCUCCUUCUGCAAUGCUAUAAACCUCCUAAUUCUUGACAUGUCUAGAAAUAAAUUAAGUGGCAGCAUACCCCCUUGCCUCCUUGAAAACAUUAGUGACCUUGAUCUGAGUCGAAACAACAUCAGCGGUUACAUUCCAGAUACUUUUCCAGUGCUUUGUGGGCUAAGUUAUUUGGAUCUUAACAAUAAUGCUUUAGAAGGGAAGAUCCCAAAGUCCACUGGAAGUUGCGUGUUUUUGGAGCACAUGAAUAUUGGGAACAGCAUGAUCAACGACACUUUCCCAUGCAUGCUAACGUCUCUCUUGGCUGUUCUUGUUUUGCACUCCAACAGAUUCCAUGGGGAUUUACGAUGUCACGGAAAUUGGCAAAAUCUUAAAAUACUGGAUGUACCAUCGAAUCAUUUUUGUGGAAGUCUUGAAUCAAUCGACUUCUCUAGCUUGACGGCUAUGGUGCGAUCGAGUGGUGGAGAUUUCGAAGGCGGUUUUGGCCACAAGCUUGACGUGACAUUAAUCAUGAAAGGGCGAAUGAUGGAGUUUCACAAGAUUUUGUCAGACUUUAGUACCAUUGAUUUGUCUUCCAAUAGUUUCUAUGGAGAGAUUCCAAAUGCAAUUGGCGAUCUUACCUCACUUCAUCAAAUUAACUUCUCCCACAACGCCCUCAACGAAAGCAUCCCAAAAUCAUUUGGUCAACUGAAGAAUCUCGAAUCACUCGACCUCUCCGUGAACCAACUUACAGGCUGGAUCCCUGAGGAGCUUGGAGGGCUCACAUUCCUUUCAAAAUUGAUCUCUCCUACAAUAAGUUUGUUGGAGCGAUCCCAAAAGGGCAGCAAAUUCAAACAUUCUCAGCAGAUUCAUUUGAAGGAAAUUCUGGGCUAUGUGGUUUCCCUCUCGACAUAA